CACCUCGUCUGCCCAUUCCGUUUCUCGCGCACUUCUACCAACUAUACUGAACGAAUAGCGAAACUUCUGAACCCCACCAACACCAUAUCCCACCUUCUGACGCAUAGCGAAGAAGAAAGGAUGACCUCCACAGAAAAACCUCGUCCUUCCUUCGCUACCGUCGCCGCAAAAGCCGUGGACGCUUCUGCUCCCACUGAAAAUGGGAAGCAGGCUACGACAGCCCAGGACUCCCCAUUCUACAAAGCCGACUCGGCCAACUGUUUAGGGGCCGACUACGGCCGGGACUCGGGGUACGGCGGAGAGCAUUCCCAGGCGGUGUUUGCGCAAAAGCGAGCUCGCCUCUCGUCAUUGCUGGACGGGACACAGGCUUUACUGCGGUCGCUCGACGGUACGAAUGGAACGGCGGGGCUCACUCUGCGGUACCCGGCGUCGGCUUUGCAGCGCGCGUUGGCGCCAAAGCACACGCUGUCGCGGUCAAAUAUCUUUGAGGAUUCGCAAAAGGAGAAUGGGAGGGAUGGCUCGAGGGAUCACACUCCCCGAGUUCCGACGCCAUUAUCGUCAACCACCGACCUGUUCGACCUACAUCCACUACGCAUCCUGUCUUUGGACCUGGCAUCUCAGCGCUUCAAAGGCACGACGACAGACGCGACGCACAACUCGGAUUCCCUCGUCACAACAUUAUUGCAGAACAAAAUUGCAGAAUGCACUGCGCACCUCGACCGUCUCCGCGGGCGUAUCAUGGAUAUCCGCUCCAAAGUCCUCGUUACCGGCGACCUCAACGCCGGCAAAAGCACCUUCGUCAACGCCGUCCUGCGCCGUGAAGUCGUCCCCGACGACCAACAGCCCUGCACCGCCCUCUUUGCGGAGGUCGUAGACGCCCUGCAGAACGAAGGCGUGGAAGAAGUGCAUGGGAUACGCAUCCCGGAGGAGUACGACCGGACAAAACCGGACACCUUUUCCCGGUUUGAUUUCAGACACUUGCGCACGGUGGUGGAGGAGAAUGAGGAGGAUUAUGAGCUGCUGAAGAUUUAUUGCAAGGAUAAUCGGAGUCGGGAGAGCAGUCUGCUGCAUAAUGGGGUUGUGGAUAUUAGCUUGAUUGACUCGCCCGGGCUGAAUAUCGAUUCGAUCAAGACGACGGCGUUGUUUUCGCAGCAGGAGGAGAUCGAUGUUAUUGUGUUUGUUGUGAAUGCGGAGAACCAUUUCACCUUGUCGGGCCGAGAAUUCUUGACAACAGCCGGUAAAGAGAAAGCGUACAUCUUCAUCGUCGUCAACCGCUUCGAUCAAAUCAAACGCAAAGACCGCUGUCGCCGCGAAAUCCUCGCCCAAAUCCAGCAAAUAUCCCCCGCUACCUACGAAGACGCGGACACCCUCGUCCACUUUGUCAGCGCCCAGCAAACCCUCCUCCACAAUCCAGACGAGCCCCUCAAGCCUGACUCACUCGUCCCGCAAUUCGUCAAACUCGAAGAAUCCCUACGCUCCUUCAUCCUCGAAAAACGCUCCCGCUCCAAACUCGCUCCCGCCAAAAUCUACCUCUCCAACCUCCUCACCGACGUCUGCACACUCGCCCAAUACAACUCGGACCUCUCUGACCAAACCGCCACCAAAAUCGCAACGGAGAUUGAAGACGCCACGCCCGCCUACGACCGCAUGCUGCAGAUCAAGAAACAGGUCCUGGACGAUAUCGACCGCACCAUCGACGACACCGCCAUCGAGAUCCAGGAGUACACCAACCAGCAGCUCGCACACCUCAUGGACCACCUCGAAGCCUACGCCGAUAGUGUGCGGUACCACGGCCCAUUUUACAUCUGGCAAUACGCCCGCGAUGUCCGGAGACGGAUCAGGACGAUGGCGUCACACCGUGUACGCAAGUCGGAGGAGAACGCGACACAACGGUCCCGGGAAUGUUUAGUCGAGAUUGCGAACCUCGCCCAAACGUGUAUGACCGUGCCCCCCCAAAUCGACAUCCACGCCGUCGACGCCGCCUUCCCCCCCUCCUCAACGUCGAAAGACGGGUUCCAUGUCGCCGUGCCGUGGGAUGAAGGCGACCUGUUGACUUCCGCCGAUCGGUUGGAGCUUGUGAGGGACUAUGCCCCGAGUGUGGCUGUGGUCGUUGCGGGGCUGGUGGGGUACUCGAGGGGUGUUGCGAUGGGCGUUGUGAGACGCGGGACGGCGAGGUUGGCGUUUGCGGGGAUCACGAUUGCUGGCGUCGGCUACUUCCUCUACACCCUCUCCUCCCUCUCCCACACCAUCCAAACAAAACUCCUCCGCCACUUCCGCACCCUCUUCACAACCGACAACCACCUCAUCGAAGACAACGUCACGCGGAUAUCAAAGACGACGAAACGCUCGUUGCACACGGCCAUGAGCGGGUUCCAGACGCAGUUCAUGGGCAUCCUCAGCGAGAACGAACGCAGGAGACGGCAGUGGGAGAUCGAGGCCGGACGCGCGAAGGGCGCGAGGGAGUUCUAUGAGGGCGUCAGGAGGAGGGCGAGCGGGUUGGGGAGGGAGGUGGAUGCGAUUGAUGUUUGAGGGAUUGGCAUUCGGGAGCAAGCGGAUCUUGCAAAUGAGGAUUGGGACACCCCCGAGUGCCGUGCGCUUGAGCGGGAUGGACACUCCGGGUUUUGGUGAACACCCCCCACCCCCCACGCCACACCCCACCCAUUUCCGGCCUUGUUCCCCUCAUAUUCUCUCACGCUCAAGUUCCUGGUUUUUGCAUCUUUUUUCCUCUCUUCUUUUGUUUAUUG